AUGGAGCGCCUCAUCGCCUCGGUCUUUAACGACGACUACCCCAAUGCCCCGCCGGAUGACACCGCACAGCCGAGCAUCCGCACCCUCAAGCGCAAGGGAAGGUCCAAGAUUCCGAGCCUCAACUUUUCACACCUGCCCCCGCCCCUCCCGUUCGACUCCUCAUCCAAGCCCUCCGGCUCGCCGCGCCCACCGCCCACCCCCAACCAGCUCAUGCGCCGCCUGUCUACGCGAGGCGGACGAAGUGACUCCGCCCCGUCUGGAGGUCGGAUACCGCCGACCCCGCCGCACAGAGCGGCGAGAUUAAGAAGAGGACCAGUUGGUUUACUGAGGCCGUCGCCAUUGGCGCCCCCGACCCGGGAGGUAGCGGCCUCCUGA